AUCUCAUUCCCAUUUAUCCAUCAGACCGAGCUGAGCCAUCCUGCGGUUCAGAGAUGGGAAAGAUGAGUUUCAGCUGUAAUCUCUUGCUCAUUUUGGCUGCAGGUUCCAUUCUCACUGCAAUACCAUCAAAUGCCACGUACCACACAAGUCCCCCAAAGCCAUACCAAUACAAGUCUCCUCCUCCACCCAUCCACAUCCCAUCCCCUGUUCCUAAGCCACCAGUGAAGGCACCACCAAAGCCUCCUGUUGUAGUGAAGCCACCUCCUAAACCUCCUGUUGUUGUGAGGCCACCACCAAAGACACCUGUUGUCAAGCCAAAGCCUCCACCUAAGCCAGUGUCUCCUCCCCCUUAUCAUUACAAAUCUCCACCACCACCACUUCCAAAGGUUUCUCCUCCCAAACCAGCUCCAACGUAUUCCCCUCCUAAGAAGUCUCCACCAGUUUACACACCCCCCAAGCCAUCACACCCUCCUCCUUCACCAGUUUAUACCCCACCCAAAAAGUCCCCACCAGUGUACACACCCCCAAAGCCAUCACAUCCUCCUCCUUCACCAGUUUAUACCCCACCCAAAAAAUCUCCUCCUACCCCCCAUGUGAAGCCACCAGUAUCCCCACCAAAGUACAAAUCACCCCCUGUUGUCACCCCUUCACCACCUAAGCGUGUGCCUAUUUACCCACCUCCCCAUCACUACUCCUACAAGUCUCCUCCUCCCCCCUACUAACCAACUGCGCCGCUGCAAAAUAAAGUCGGUGGCUAUUGUUCUGAGUUUAACUUAUACGUUUUGCUGAUCCCCUCAAGAAAUGGGAGACAUUAACACUACUAGCUAUACACAAUGUUGAACGUGUUCAAGGCAUCGAUAGAAGUAUCCGAGCCUCUUCUAAAUAAGCAAAGUUGUGUUCUAUGCAAGAAAUAUUUGCAAUGAUAAAAUCAAGUUUCUUAUGAUA